AUUUAUUUUUCUGUCCCACUUAUUUAAUGCUUCGAAACUUUUUGCAGCGACCACUCAACAUAACCACAACACAACGAGCAAACACUCCAUUUCAGUGUAACCCUUCAAGCUCAAAACUUCUUUUACCCGAUUGCCUCUGUAUAAAUUUGGGUUCUUGCUGCUCUGGGAAGCGGAAUCACAGCUCAGCAGAUCUUGGUUUGUUCUGGAGCGUUGUGCGAGUUUGGGAAUGCUGAAAAUUUCUUGAUAUCUCUACGUCGAGCAUGGGGGCAGAGCGACAUGGUUCCAAGAGGGGAGGAGGUUAUGUUGGUGGCUUCCUUCAACUCUUUGACUGGAAUGCAAAAUCACGAAAGAAGUUGUUUUCGAGCAAGUCUGAUUCACCAGAGCAUUCCAAACAGAAAAAGAGAUGCGACGGGAAUUUGCCAAUGACAAGAUACCAUCUGAUUGAUGAGGACGAGAUAAAUGCGAGUUCGAGCUUUAAAGGAAGUAGUAGCUAUAGUUGUGCCUCAUCGGUGACCGAUGAGGAAGAGUGCGGUGUGAAAGCUCCCGGGGUAGUAGCGAGGCUUAUGGGGUUGGAUCCAUUGCCUCCAUCGAACUUCUCGGAGUUUUACUCUACUCCGUUUUCAGAUACACAGUCUCGACAAGGGCCAUAUUGGCACUCGAGAAAUCUCGAGUAUUCAAAGUUGGAUUCAAAGCAUCAGAAGGUGAUCAGCAGACCAAUUGAGAAGUUCCAAACCGAGGUUUUGCCUCCUAAGUCUGCUAAAUCAAUCCCGAUAACUCACCACAAGCUUUUGUCCCCAAUCAAGAGUGCCACGUUUAUCCCUCCCGAGAAUGCUGCUCAUAUCAUGGAAGCAGCUGCUAGGAUAAUCGAGCCCGGUCCUCAGGUUACAGCCAGAACAAAAAUGCCCUCGGUUGGAAGCUCUUCAGGUCCCCUAAAAGUAAAAGAUUUGAAAGAGAAAGUUGAAGCUUCUCAAAAACCGACUUCUCGAAGGCCAAGUGAAACUAAUGCCACCAAAUAUCUCAAGGCACAUUCUGCAAAUAAAACACGGGAGAGAGUUCCUUCAGACUCAGAAGAAAGUUUUGGUGGAACGAAAUCUAAAGGGAAGUCUAUUUCACUAGCACUACAAGCAAAGGCAAAUGUACAAAAACGGGAGGGAUUGAAUCCUAGCGGAAAGAAAGAAUCAUGUGACGAGUUUUUCAAAAGCCAGCCAGUUGCACAAAGAAAUAUUCACAAGAAACCAUCUGCUAUUAAUGCACCUAAUGUUCUUCGGCAGAACAAUCAAAAGCAGAACUGCUUUGCUGAUAGAGGAAAGUCACCUUCAAAGCCUCUUGUUUCUAGCUCACAAGGAAAGAGAACACUCACCGGGGAUUCUUCUUUUUCUCGACAGAAGGGUUCGACUAAAAACGCCGAAAACUCUAAACUUAGUUCAAGGAGGCUGAGUUUAGAACUCAACAAUGACAGAAAGGAAGAAGUAUUCUCCAGCAAAAAAAGUGUAGUGAGGAAAAAACGGCCUAUAGAUGGCGAUUUCCAUUCCGAGAAAAAUCCAACUUUGGGUAAUGUCUCUUCUAUUCAUAAAAGUGGAAAACUCUUUCAAUCUGGUGGGUUGAUGGACAGGGAAGGUAGCUGUGCUGAAAGCAGCAAAUGGAAAGGGACAGACAUAGUUUCGUUUACAUUCAAUGCUCCCUUGGCACGUUCUAUGGAGAAAAAAUCUACUGAUUUUAAUGCAGAUUAUCGAAGUAAAAAGAUGCAUCAUCAUUCCCCCGAUAGACUCAAUAGUUUGAAGUUACCAUUAGGACAUGAUAGCAUUGGAGGUAACGAUUUAAGCACUCUUUUGGAGCAAAAGCUUCGAGAACUUACCGAGAAAGUGGAACCUUCACUUCAGACUACUGUGUCGACCUUUCAAGUUCUGACACCUGGUCAGAGUGCCUUAACCCCGACAACCUUUUUGCAUGAAAACAGUCAGCAAGAUCCAAUGGACAUCGAUGAUCCAGUUAGCCAACAUCACUUUGUCUUUUCUUCUACCGAUUCUCAAGAACUGACUAUGAAGCACAAGCGACAGGCAGUUGAAGGAAUGGACCAGUAUAGCAGCAACAGGGGUGAAAUGAAGAAGUUGUUUGAUCGUCGAUUCCCAAGCCCAGUAUCUGUUCUUGAGCAUUCUUAUUUUUCCGAAAGUUGCAAUUAUUCAGAUACUGACAGUAAUACUACACCAAGUAGUAAGCAAAGUUCAUCAAUUCAAGCUCAAGAAGUGAUUGGGAUAAGCCCACUGAAGAGGUUCCAUUCCAGGGAAGCCGAUGCAGAGUUACUAGACUCAGCUUCUUCAACUUCCAGUGUCAUUGAAUAUGGGAAAUCACCAGAAUGGGGGCUAGAAUAUGUGAAGGAGAUUCUUGGUAAUAUUGAUUUGAUGUUCGAGGGUUUUGCAACGGGCAGAGAUAGUAAGAUAAUAAAUCCUCGCCUUUUCGAUCAACUGGAAAGUAGAAAGGUGGCGAAUGGCUGGGGGCGUGAGCAGAAAUUACAACGAAAAGUUGUGUUCGAUUGUGUGAGUGAGUGCCUCGAGUCAAUGUGCACGAGCUAUGUGGGUGGUGGAUACGACAUGUGGGUAAAGGGUGUGGCAGUGAUCACGAGAAAAGAGCGUCUGGCAGAAGAAGUGUACAGGGAAGUAUCGGGGUGGAGUUGCAUGAGAGACUCGAUGGUGGAUGAGCUCGUGGACAAGGACAUGAGCACGCAUCGUGGGAAAUGGAUGGACUUCGAAAUUGAAGCGUUCGAACUGGGAUUACAGGUCGAAAACCGCCUGCUGAAUUCUUUACUCGAUGAAGUGAUCAGUGACUUGCUGGUUCUUUGAUGAAACUCGAGCAUUUCUGCUUAGAAUUGCCCCUCUGAUCGAAAGGGCUCUCAUCUUUCGACUUGAUGAAGUGGUUAGUGACUUGCUGGUUCUUUGAAACUGAAGCAUUUCUCCCUGCAAAUGAAGAAUUUCAGUUGGGAUUACACAGAUUUGCGCGGUUUUGUCAUCAACAAACUGGAAAUCUUGAUCCAAGUUUGCCUUGAUCUUCCUUGUUAAGUUAUUUUUGAUGGAAUUGAUGUUGCUGGACUGCAAAAUCCAGGAUACAUAUUAUUCUUCCUGUCAUCCUGUGCUAUAUUCUUACCCCCUCUAUCUAUUUUCCUGUUUUUGAAACCUCCUGCUUUAUACAUCAUUCAUUGAUUUUGAUUU